GCGAGAGUGACCGCGAUGCGGCGUUUCAGACAUGCGCAGACACUCCCACGUGUUCCUCGCAGGCGCACAAGACGGAAGAUGGCGGACUGUGAAUUCUCUUCUGCUAAGAAAGAGAAGAAGAAGAAAGCGAAGAUUUCAGAUGACGAAGUCGGGGAAAUCCAAGAAACGGGAGAUUUCCUCAUCAAGCCUGAAUCCAAGGUUGCCAAACUUGACACAUCCCAGUGGCCUUUGCUGCUCAAGAAUUUUGAUAAGCUGAACAUCAGGACAGCGCACUACACACCCCUGCCCCAUGGCUCGAAUCCCCUGAAGAGGAACAUUAACGAUUACGUCAGAUCUGGUUUUAUUAACUUGGACAAGCCAGCAAAUCCGUCCUCUCAUGAAGUGGUCGCGUGGAUCAAACGGAUCCUGCGUGUGGAGAAGACGGGCCACAGCGGGACGCUGGACCCAAAAGUCACGGGCUGUCUGAUCGUGUGCAUCGACAGAGCGACGCGAUUAGUCAAAUCUCAGCAGAGCGCAGGCAAAGAGUACGUGGGCAUAGUACGGCUGCACAAUGCGAUAGAGAACGAACAUCAGCUCGCGAGGACUCUGGAGUGUCUCACCGGAGCGCUGUUCCAGAGGCCUCCUCUCAUCGCCGCAGUGAAGCGACAGCUACGAGUCAGGACCAUCUACGAGAGCAAGCUCAUCGAAUACGACCCGGAGAAAAGACUCGGUAUUUUCUGGGUAAGCUGCGAGGCAGGGACGUACAUCAGAACGCUGUGUGUUCAUCUGGGGCUGCUGCUGGGAGUUGGAGGUCAGAUGCAGGAGCUCAGGAGGGUUCGGUCUGGAGUGUUGGGCGAGAUGGACUGCAUGGUGACCAUGCACGACGUAUUAGACGCUCAGUGGCAGUUUGAUCACAACAAGGAUGAGACCUACCUGAGAAGAGUCAUCUUCCCUCUGGAGAAGCUGCUCAUCAGCCACAAGAGGAUCGUCAUGAAGGACAGCGCGGUCAAUGCUAUUUGCUAUGGUGCUAAAAUCAUGUUACCGGGUGUGCUGCGGUAUGAAGAUGGCAUAGAACUGAACCAGGACAUCGUCGUCAUCACGACUAAAGGAGAAGCCAUUUGUACAGCUGUAGCACUGAUGACGACGGCGGUCAUCUCUACGUGCGACCACGGCGUCGUGGCUAAGAUCAAGAGGGUCAUCAUGGAAAGAGACACGUACCCACGCAAAUGGGGCUUGGGUCCAAAGGCCAGUCAGAAGAAAAUGAUGAUCCAGAAAGGCCUUCUAGAUAAACGCGGCAAGCCGAACGGGAGCACUCCGGCCGACUGGAAGGAGGGUUACGUGGACUACAGCAGUAAACCCAAAGUAAAGGUAGAAGCAGCUGCUGAAGAUGGUGACGCUGUUCAGGCAGGAGCAAAGAGGAAACGCGAUGAGAGCGGAAGCGAGGGCGAAGCCGUGCCCUCGACCCCAAAGACGGACGAGGUCAAGAAAGAGAAGAAGAAAAAGAAGAAAGAAAAGAAAAUGAAGCUGGCUGAGGAGGUAUCGGAAGCAGCAGAAGCCACCGAGGACGCAGCGGCAGAAGGGGAAGGAGAGGUCACAGAAAGCGCCAAAAAGAAGAAGAAGAAAAAGAAGGUGAAAGAGGCUGAUUCGGACUGAAAAUCUGAUCCGAUCUAACAGACUGUUAAAGCUCACCAAGUCAGGACAAGGUGACGUGACCACCGGGGAUCAGCCAUAAACUCGGCCCUGCUCCUGCUUCCCUUCCUCGGCCGGUCUUUCGCUGCCGUCAAACAAGUGACUGAUUUUAAAGAUCUCCAGUUAGCCUCUUUAGAAGCAUGCACAGUGAGAGAGUGAGUGUAAGUGUGUGUGUGUGUGUGUGUGUGUGUGUGUGUGUGUGUGUGUGUGUGUGGCAGAGCAGACCUGAAAUCUCUGCAGGCAAAUCAUGUUCUGGAAUUCAGUUUUAUUCUGAAAAUGAUUCACCAUCCCAUCAUCGUCAUCAUUUGUUGAUUAAAAUGUCACCGUGAAUAUUGA